AUGGACAACAUCAAGUCGACUGACGGCCACCGUCCUUCCGCUGGUGAUGCUGAAAAGGGCGGUCAUGGAGUCAAUACCGCGGCGGUAGACGGCUCGACUACCAGCCACGCCAAAAACGAUGGGAAUGCCUCUGAUUCGGACGAAUUCCAAGACGGCGUGCGGGAGGUUCGGGCCGUCACGACGGUCUGGUCCAAGGCGUCGCUUUUCUCCAUGUUUGCCUUACUCUACUUGGUUUCGUUUGUCGACUAUCUCCAAAACAACAUCGACUCCAUCCUCAACCCUUACAUCACGUCGUCUUUCGGAAAGCACGGUCUAUUGAACAUCGGCAGCGUCAUGUCCACCAUUAUCGGCUCCGUGGCGCCGCUCUUCAUCGCCAAGGUGGUUGACAUCUGGGGCCGCGCCGAGGGCUUUCUGUUCAUGGUGGUCGUGUGCGUCGUCGGCAUGGUCAUCAAGGCCGUCGCCCAAAACGUCGAGACGUAUGUUGCCGCCCACACCAUGUACUGGGUUGGCCAUAUCGGCAUCGGCUACGUCAUGAGCGUCAUGCUGGCCGACAUGAGCAGCCUCAAGAACCGCAUGCUCGCCAUUGCCAUCAAUGGAACGCCCCGCCUCGUCGGCAACUAUGCCGGUCCCAACAUUGCCGGUCUCUUCUACCGCAACCUCAACUUUAGAUGGGCCUUUGGCGCAUUCAGCAUCAUCUUGGUGGCGUGCAGUGCGCCCGCCAUCGGCCUGAUGUGGUCCAUGCUGGGCAAAGCCCGCAGGGAGGGCGUCAUUGACAAGCGUCGGGCGUCGGGCAGAACCUGGCUUGAGUCCAUCAAGUUCCACGUCAUUGAGAUGGACUUGGUGGGCAUGAUUCUCAUCAUGGGGGCUCUGGCCUGCAUCCUGCUGCCCUUCAACUUGGUUGCCUAUGCCCCGAGGCAGUGGGAGACUCCCUACAUUAUAGCCAUGCUGGUGCUUGGCGUUCUUCUUUUCCCAGCCUUUUACGUCUGGGAGGCCAAGGUUGCCAAGGUCCAGUUUCUUCCCUUUAGGUUUCUAAAGCAGGGCACAAUCAUCGGCGGCUGUCUGCUGUACGGUGUCAUGUUUCUGUCCACCUUUUGCUGGAACGGAUACUUCUACUCAUACCUCCGCGUAGUCCACCGCCAAAGCCCCGAGAAUGCAGGAUACAUUGUCAAUAGCUUUUCUACAACCUCCGUCGUGUUUGGACCUCUAGUCGCCCUCUUUAUCAGCUACACGGGCAACUUCAAGUGGACGGCGUAUGGCGGCGUCCCCAUCAUGCUUCUCGGCUCGGCACUCGUCAUUCCUUUCCGCCAGCCCAACGCCCCCGUCGGCAUGCUCGUCUUCACACAGUUCCUGGUCGGCCUCGGAAGCGAGGUUCUUGUUCUCUGCAGCUCUCUGGCUUGCCAGGCGCCCGUGACCCAUCAGCAGAUUGCCGCCGUCAUUGCAUUGUCGGGCAUGUUUGGAGGUUUCGGUGCCUCCAUUGGCCUUUCCAUCGCCGGCGCCAUCUGGAACAAUUUGCUUCCCGAGAAGCUGCAUGAUUAUCUGCCAGAGGCGGCCAAGAACCAGUCAAUGACCAUCUUUGGCGACAUUGAGCAGCAGAUUGCCUUUCCGGACGGGUCGCCGGAGCGGGAUGCUAUAGUUGCUGCUCUCGGUGACGUGAUGAGGCUCAUGGUUAUUGCUGGCGUGGCUCUGAUGCCUCUGUGCGCCAUUUGCAUUUAUGCUUGGAAGAAUAUCAAUGUCAAGAAGCUUGAGGAGCAGCGGGGCAAGCAGACCAAGGGCACAACCUUUUAA